CUCUUGGCAACGGAGAUCUCCUGCGCAUGCUGAUCCCUGGGACACUUCACAGCCUGGGACGACGCCGAAAACCUCGAGCCUGACUGUGAAGCCCAGCUCGGCGAUCGAUCCCGACGGUUGCCUCGGCUGCCGCUCUAUUCCCUGCCGCUGGUGCCCACCCGCUCCCCCAGCGUCAGCCACUGCCCCCGCUCACCGCUGACACAGAUAGGUACACGCAAGCUACGGUAGAUCGGAUAGAGACCGCCCCGCACAUCCCCCGACCUGGACCCUUUUGCAGCCAGCUCCCGCCUGUAGCAGACGAGUGAUCCUUUGCAAUGUCCAGAGCGGCACUCAACGCUGCCGCGCUCCUCGCGCCACCUAAGUCAGAUCCCGCGGCGGUCGCGAGACAAGCCAACAGCGCAGGUGAUGCAUCGUCGUCGCCCUCGUCGGCUGCAGGCGCGGAGGCAAACGCCAUCCCGCAAGGCGACGAGGUGAUCGAGGAGGCGAUCACCGUCAACCAGCGCGCGCUCAUCGACAAGAUUCUCGCCCGCUACGCCGCCGAGUUCACCGUCUUUCGCGAGCUGCUGCAGAACGCUGACGACGCAGGCGCCGAGUGCUGCCAGCUGCGCUUCGACACUCGCGCUGAUCUCGGACUAACAGAGGACCUUGAGCGUUCCUCGACCGGUGUCAACCGCAAGCAGCCCGACUUCAAGGCGCCGUUACAUCACUGGACGUUCAAGAACGAUGGCAAGGUCUUCGGCGCGGACGACUGGAGUAGACUGAGGCGCAUCGCCGAAGGUAAUCCUGACCCCGACCGUAUUGGCGCGUUUGGCGUCGGCUUCUACAGCCUUUUCUCCAUCUGUGAAGAGCCGAUCGUCUCUUCCGGCGACAGCCUCAUGGGCUUCUUUUGGAAGGGCGAUGCACUCUACACGCGGCGCGCCAAAAAUCCCGCCUUCCGUUCAAGAACGGCGCCUCAGUCACAUGGGCAAUGGCAGAGGCACGAGCAAGGGCAGGAUGCUGCUGACUCACCGCUGCCUGACGACCAGGCCGACUCGGACACGAACCCCUUCAACGGUCUGCCGUGGACGACGUUCCACAUGCGCCUGCGCGAGCCGGCACCGCUGCCGGACACACCCAUGGCUCUGUGCCGCUUCCUUGCGACGUCGCUGACGUUCACCGCGCGCGUCCGCCACGUUGAGCUGUACUGGAACGACGCUUUGUUGCUGCGAAUCCGCAAGGCGCUCGCCCCGCCGCAGCCGAUGCGCAUGCCACCGCACCUCAGCGCUGUGAGUGCCGAGCGCACGAUGCGCGUCGACACGCUCGGGGCCGCUUGCGUCAAUAUGCACGCGCGCGUCGCUCGCGCCGUGCUCGCAGACGACGAAGAGCGCCGCUCUGCCAAGGCGAGCCGCCUCGCUAGCCUCGCCAGUAAGCUGACCGGCGCCGGGCCCGGCGGCGCUGCUGCCGCCGCCGCCAUGGCCAGCACGUCCGCUGCCGCUGCCGCCGGGUUCCUGGGCAGCGCACUCGGAGGGAGGAGCGGCAGUAGCGGUGGCAGCAGCAUCAGUGGGUUCCUGAAGAGCGCCUUUGGUAGCGGUAACGGUAGCGGUAGUGGCGCAGUUGCCCAAGGGACCAAGAGCUCUUCGUCAUCAUCACAAAAGCCGUCAGCGGCAAAAGUACCAUCUGCACCUACAAGCGACAAACAGAAGCUUCUGCCCAACGGCAACGGAGAAGUAGCUGCUGCUGCUGUUCAUAAUGAGGGGAGAGCGGCCUCUAGCGCUUCCGCUUCGGAAAAGGCCCACACCUCGCCCUUCGACCUCGUCGAGUCGUCCGUACAUCUGCGCAUCGCCACAGCGACCGUCAUCGUCUCGGUGGACCGCGCCUUCGAACGUGAGAUUGAGCGCAGCACCAAGAAGCCACCGCCGAAACGCACACAGCUGAGCCUGAUCUUCACCGGCAAAGACGAGUACGACGCGUCAUUCCAAGAUACCCCUGACGGCAAGGUGGAUGGCGCCGGGGGUGGUCUGAAUAAACAAGCUAGCGGGGUGCGACAGAUCUUCGAUGGCCUCAUGCCGCGCCUGAACGAGCUGGGAAACGUCUUCAUCGGCUUCCGGACGCACCAGACCACCUCCUUCUCGGGCCACAUCGCCGCACGCUUCAUCCCGACCGUCGAGCGCGAGUCGAUGGACUUUGUCGACCGCUACUGCGCCAAGUGGAACCUCGAGCUGCUCAGCAUCGGCGGCUACGUUGCCCGCGCCGUCUACGAGGCUGAGCUCGCAGACAUUGCGCAACUGUGGACCGAGGGGAUCGGCACCGACACAAGCCCCGCGGACGGAAAGGACGACAAGAGCGCUGAGUGGCUGCUCGCGCGCGCGCUGCACAUCAUGCGUUUCUUCACCUUUCGCCCCUCAUCACCGUCGUCACGCGUCCAGAAAACGCUCGAGGCGUGCUUCUUCUCCUGUGCGCGCCAGAGCACCAUCACGCUCAUGUCCACCGUCGGCCCCAAACACUCGGCCGCUGUGCGCUACCCGAACGCCGUGCUCGCGCAGUUCGUUAAGGAUCUCCCGACGCUCCCGUUCGAGCACGUCGAGCAGGCCGCAGGAUUCGUCGCGCAAGUGCGCAGCCGCGCGCUCGUGCAGGAUAUCAUGAUGGACGACGUCUUCACCGAGCUCACGCAACGCGCGCUUGCGCCGCUCGAGAUGGUUGCAUGCUUGCAGUGGUGGAUCAGCGUCGCGGCACAUCCCAGCUAUGACGCCGGCCUACGUGCCCGGCUCGUGCAGAGCGCUAUGUGCCGCAUCCCACCGUCGAACGAUGCCGCGGGCAUGACAGAAACGAUCCAACCGCUAAUAAAUGUGCGAUACUGGCUCAACCCUGCGCGCAUCCCUUCCGACGUCCCGCUUCCUCAGACCUGCCUUGCGUACGCCGUAACAAGCAAUCUCAGCACGAACGAGCUGCUGCAUGUCUUUGGGUGGCAAGAGCUGCCUGUCGACAUUUGGGUGCAGCACAUCAUAAGCAUCAGCAGUCAUUCAGGCGCCGGUGGGAGCGCGCCGGACACGGACGUGUGCACGAAUGCAUCAUUCUGUGAAAAGUUCUUUAGCAUCCUCGCGCGUGCCUGGGGCUCCGUCUCGGCAGAGCGGCAGAAGAUCAUCGCCGACAUGCUGUCCCGCGUCGCUUGCGUGCCGACCAAACAAGGAAUUAAGCUGCCGAGCGAUGCGUACUUCGCCAACGUGUCGCUUUUCGAGGACCUCCCAAUUGUCGCAUUCCCUGCCGCGACAGUCAAGGGCAACCUGGAGAAGCUCUUGACAGCUCUACAGGUGCGCAAGCACGUCGAGCUGCAGAUGAUCUUUGACCGUCUCAUCUCCGCCGGCAACUGGUCGCAUGUCGAUCUGCUCGCGUACCUCGCAACCAACAAAGGCAGCUUGGCAACCCUGGAGAAAGACCGGCUCAUCAAGACUGCUAUGCUGCCGAAGGAAGGCGAGGUGGGGCCAUCUGGUAAAGACGGCAAGCCAAAGAUCGUCCGUUAUUGUGCUUCCCAGCUUUACGAGCCCACGCUGGCGCACAAGGCCCUGGGCUUGCCUUUGCUCGACUGGCCAGGCAAGCCAUGGCGAUCAGGCUCAGACGAAGCCAAAUUCGUCUUCGAGCUUGGACUGCAGCGGCAUCCGCCGCUCGACGAGUUGCUCAAGCUCGCAGCUGAUGAGAGUGACCAGCCGCGGAGGGAGAAGGCGCUCGAGUACCUCUUCGAGCGCUUCGACUCUGUCUAUCGAAACAUUUAUAGCUUGAAGGUGGCCUCAGUGUUCUCCUUCGUCCCAUGCACAGUGACCGACACGCUGACGCUCAAGACCAGCCCCCAUCUUUGCACCCCAAUCAACGCGUACACGAACGAGGGAGCAGCCAUCCUAGGCUUCCCGGUUGUCAAACAGGACCUCCCUCCUGCUUGGUCAGAGAAACUGCAGCUCCGCAGAGAUCCGCCUGCGGCUUUGCUCAUGGCCAAGCUUGUGAAUCAGCCGACCAAGGAACCGGACCUCGCACGCAAGAUCUUCGAGUACCUCUCGACGUGCACCGAAUUCACCCUGAGUGAUUUCAGCGUCCUCGGUCAGGCCGAGUUCAUCCCUGUCAAGCAGCGGAUCCGAGGAGCAGAGGAGCAUGAAGUCAUUCUGGCUGCUCCAACGAGUUGCUAUUUUGGCGGAGAGAGCGAGACCCCGCAGUUCAAAGACAUCUUCCUCUACUGCGACUAUGGUACGAAGGCUGGCGCCUUCCUGCGAAACUGUGGUGUCAGCAAGGAACCCAGCAUCGAAGAGGUCGCGCAAAAGCUUGUGGCUGACCCCCAGAGGUUCUACACUAUCCUCGGCGGCCCAGACGCGUACAAGACCAUCCUUCGACAAAUUGCUUCCAACUGGAAUCGCAUCCGCAGUCCUCUACGCUCGCAAAUGAAGCGCUCGCCAUUCUUACUUGGAGCCAAAGCUAUGCCAGCGUCAACGACAAAGUCGACAAGUCUGAUCGACAUCGACGAGGACGAUGACGCUGACGUGGACACAGGAACACUAGUCUAUGACCUGAAGAGACCGGACGAAAUCGUCAUCGACGAUGACGCUACCUCUCGUAUGCUCUUCGCAUCCAGUCUUUAUUUUGCUCCGCAUGAAGACCUGUUGGAGGAGAAUCUCUACGGACAACUGGGCUCUCCCCGUCUCAGCAGACUGAUCGAGGAGCGUUUCGCCACUGCGGGGCGAGUAAUGACUGGCACCAACCUGGCGACCGAGGUGAAGACGCUCGUCCUUGAGCGUACACCGCUAUUCCUCUUCGAACAAAAGUCGAUUGGCCGAAGUGAAAUCAGACACGAUUCCGAAUGGCUCAAGAAAUUCCUCGAUGUGGUGGAAGUCGAUGGCGAGGGCCUGCGUCAUACGCGAACGCUUCGAUUCGGUCAGCUGCAAGAACAGAAUGUACAGCGUGCAUCAGCCAUGACGGCCCUUAACAACGAUCGCCUGGUACUCCACAUAGCCUCCAACACAGAGAUUGACUGGUUUGAGGUCGCAUUCUCCCUCACUCGCCACCUGGUCGCCCGACAACACCUGCAAGAGGUGCUGCUUUACAUGACACUGCUGUCGACGUCUCUGCGCAAUCUGAAGAGGAGAGGUUUUCAUGUGGACAAGAUCUUGCAGCAACGAAAAGCCGAUCGAGAGGCCGAGGAAGGCAAAAUGCGAGAAGCGAAACAACAUGAAGAGCUUGCCCGCCUAGCUGAGCCUACAGAGAAGGAUUAUCGCAAGUGGACAGGGGAGCUGACCUCCAUGUUCCCUGAUGCCGAGCCAGCGCAUCUUGAUGCGAUCCUGCGCGCGCAGAAAGACAGCCAUCUGCAAAACGCAACAAACACAUUGCUGAAUACACCCUACCCGCGGAAACCGGAAGGAAUGAUGCCCGGGCCGCAAGCGACGGCCCACGAGCGGGAUUCGGACCACCAAGGCUUUUUGUCGUCAUGGCGCAGCCGUUUUAUGCAGUCUCGAAAGCCCAACGAGCCGUACUCUUCGCUUGCCGCUGGUACAUCUUCCAUCGAGCGCAGUGGUUCUGUACCUGGAGGUUGGGGAAGCGAAGGGUCUUUGAAUGCAGUUGCUGCAGCUGGACGAUCGCAAGGCGUGACAUGCCCGCCACGACUACCGGCGCAGAGCGAUGUGGUAACGCCAAUGGCGAAUAUCAAGAACAACGUUAUCAAGGCUGUGCAGGCUUCGCGACCGGACGCUUCUGAGAGCAUCCAGUCCGAAGCGCAAGUGCAAGAAGUGCGAGAAGCAAGCAGCAGUUACUGCGACGUGACUGGUGUGGCGACAGAUCUACGGCUCGCGGGCGAGAUCGAAGGAAUGAGGUUCUUCCUCAGUCCUGAUCUGGAGCCCGCUCAGAUGCUCUCUGAGAACGGCGAAGCGCUACAACGACUUAUCAACACGGUCUACAAACCCAUCGGCCGCAUCUUCCGCCUUGACCCGCGUGCUUUGAAUGUCUUCGCAGACACUUCUGGCCCCAACAUUGCUUUCAACCGUGGCGGCACAAUCUUCCUCAAUUUCCGAUACUACAAGGAGUGGCACGAUGACCUCGUCAAGGAAGGAAAGCUUUCCGAACCACUGAUCUCGACAUACUUUUCUGUUGCGCAUGAAAUCGCGCACAAUGUCGUGAGCGCACACAAUGCAGAGCACGAAUUCUACUUUUCAUCGAUCUCGGAGACGUUCCUCACAGCACUCAUGGAAUACAUGGCCAGCGUGGCUGCCCAAUAGAUUCUCGAGCACUCCCAAACUCAAUCUGGCCUUGAAUCUCCGAUGUAGCAUACACAACAGCAUACAAGUCUAUUGGCAAUUUGUCCAGAAGAAGCAUGCCGACUACCAGAGAAGGAGUUGUGAGGUGAUGGCAUAUCCAAGAGAAGCAGCAUUUCACCCUGUGCUACCAUUUGCCAGAUUUUGGCGGUGAUCAGUCGAAGGGGCCAAUGGCAUUUGGUUCGCUG